GUAAACUGUGUUACUUAACCAAAGAAAUAUACGCGCAAGUACUUUUUUCUCGAUCACCUCCCCUCUGUUCACUUCUGCACCAACCUAAAGAGGAAAAGGGUCCCGUUUACUGUGCUUGGCUUGUUUACAUUUCUUCCCAUCACAUUUAUCCAAUUUCUUCAGAAGUCAGUCGUUUGAAAGCAAAAAGGAUGUCAUUGUAUCCAUCCCUAGAGGACCUUAAAGUGGACAAGGUCAUUAGGGCACAAUCCCAGUUUGCCAAUGCCACCUCCAGCACCCCAGCCAUCACUCAGGGGGUUUACCAGCCACAGCCUGCCACACAGGGGAUGCCAAGCUCAACUCUGUAUCCGAAUCUGGAGGAGCUGGGAGACUAUAUGGGCCUCAGUCUGAACAGCGAUGAGGUCCAGAGAAACCUUGCUCUGGUCCCGGUGGCUGACAAUGUAAGUUUUUCUGUGGUAAUCAUUAACAUAAUUGCACAGAUGAUGCCAAUAAGGAUAAUAUCAUUUGUAUAUAUUUUGUGUUCCAGACCAUUCCAGCGCACAGUCACCAUGCAUAAGGACAGCUCUGGCCAUGUGGGCUUCAUCUUCAAAUCCGGACGCAUCACAUCUCUAGUGAAGGAUGGUUCUGCUGCCCGCAACGGCCUGCUCACCGAUCACUUCAUCUGUGAGAUCAACGGCCAGAACGUCAUUGGACUCAAGGACACUCAGAUUAAGGACAUCCUGACCACAUCUCCCACUGCCAUGACCAUCACCAUCAUGCCUAAGUUCAUCUACGAGCACAUGAUUAAGAAGAUGUCAAGCGGCCUGCUGAAGUCAUCAAUGGAUCACUCUGUGCCUGAGGUCUGAACACAGAAGACCACGCACACCCCCUUCCACACUGCCUGCAAUCUCUAGCCUUCCCAUUGGAGCCAUCCACCACAUGGGUCGUCUAUCACUGAUUGGAUAAACCUCCUCAAUCACAUUCAUUUAUAACAUGUAAAAACUGCCUUUUUCUAUUUCACUUGUUGGCUGUUAUCGUUUUGCCAUCUAGUUCUUGAUUCUGUUCUACAUGCCAUUAUUGCCAUUGUGUAAUUGUUGUCAUAUUACAUGUUAUAUAAUAAUAAUCCAUUGUCAUUAUUGAGUAUUAUUAUCUGAUUGUUUUAUUUUUGCUGGGGGGCAAGGGGUUGAAAACUGAACCUGAGCUUCCAUUUUGAAAAGCAUUAGCUUCAACACUCCUAUCUUUUCAGUUCCUCCCACUAUGCACAAACACGUUUUAUUUUUGGAACAUCUAUAUGCCAACAGCUGUACUCUGCCAGAAGGAAUUCUUGGCCAGAAUUUGUAAUGCAACAAAUAAUUUCUUAUUGAUUUUGAACAUGUUUUUAGGUGUUUAAUCUUUGAUAAUAUUCUGUCAUUAGCCUGUAAAUGUUAGUGUCUCUAAAAAUUUAUAUACGAAUGUAACCUCAAGACUGAAAUUAUUACAAAAAUAAAUAAUCAUCCUGGUGAUACCAAUGGAA